ACUGGACCCGAGGUGCGACGUGGAAAGACAGAAUGGCACUUCUGCUGUUAUGAUCCAACCAGUGAGAUCCACAAGAACAGACUGACAGCUUUCAGAGGGAUCUAACGCUACAAUGUAGCAUAUCUGCAAACUGAGUCACCACUUGAAGAAGAAGUCGUCGUCAUGGACGGGGGGCUGACUAUCACUUUAUUAUCGGUUGCGAUGUUUGUGGGUUGUUAUGUUCUCGGAUUCAUCCCACUGUUGUUCAGACUGUCUGAGAAAAGCCUGCAGUUUGUCUCCAUCCUGGGAGCAGGACUCCUGUGUGGGACAGCUCUGGCUAUCACCAUCCCAGAGGGAGUGGGCUUACUGGAGGAGUCAUGGAGAGCAUCCUCCUCUUCCUCCUCUGAUGUGCCUUCCGGUGUGAACGCCAGUGAGAAAAAUACAAAUGCAACUUCCACAGAGAGAGACCCUCCACCUCGCUUCUUCAUCGGGGUGGCUUUAACCUUCGGGUUCACCUUCAUGUUUGUAGUGGAUCAGAUCGGAAGUUACCUUUCCACGCGUGGCCAAACAAAUCGUUUGUCCAACAGUGUCGGCUUCACGGCCACUUUGGGGCUGGUUAUACACGCUGCAGCUGAUGGAUUCGCCGUGGGUGCAGCUGUGGCCACGGGACAAGUGACAGUGCAAGUUAUAGUAUUUUUAGCUGUGAUCCUACACAAGGCGCCUGCAGCUUUUGGUUUGGUCUCCUUUCUGAUGCAUUCAGGCCUUGAAAAGAAGUACAUUCAGGGACAUUUACUGGCCUUUUCAGCUGCAGCACCUAUACUUGCCAUCCCCACUUACUUCAUAUUACACGCAUCUGGCAGCUCAUCUCAGAAGCAGCUCAGUGCGACAGGUGUGGGGAUGCUCUUCUCGGCUGGGACUUUCCUCUAUGUGGCCACGGUGCAUGUUCUCCCUGAGGUCAGCAGCAGGACAGGUCAACCCCUCUCUGACCUCCAGCAGCACACUGGAGCCGAGGCCCACCACCAGCGACACCUGGGGCUCCUGGAGAGCCUCACUCUGAUCCUCGGAGUCGGGCUCCCGAUGGUGCUGGCUCUCGGGCUGCAUGACGACUGAGAGAGAAACGAAAGGGCAAUUGAGUGUAGUGCAAAGGACACAGUGCUACCACGCCUGAAAGGACAACAUCUGUCAAAUAUACUGUUUACUGCCUAUAUUGCACAAUGACUGAGUAGACAAUGUGCCUUAAAAGAUAGUCUACCUUGCUGCGUUUUAGCCUCAGUGAAACUUGCUUUUGAGUCCAGCUAUUGUUUGUGUAUCAAAGUGGGUGUAUGGAAUCUGAUAGCUUAUAUGUUGUCCUCAGUGGACUGAGUUUCUGUUCCAAGACUGAUAAAAGGGGUGCCAUUUGUUGCCAAGUUUGAAUUCAA